AUGGCGUGUCCGCACGUUGAGUCCAUUUCUCUCAGCCCUCCGACCCCCUCUCAGUCAGUUUAUCGAGAAGACUGCACCCAGUGCUUCGACUCUAUCGACGAACCUGCCGGUCUCGAUGUCUGUUUACAAUGUUUCAACGGCGGCUGCCCCGGUGUCAAGACCCAUUCGAAACUUCAUAGUAUUACUCGAAGCCAUCCUCUUGUUUUGAACAUUCGUCGAACUCGCAAGCAGCUCGUCAAGGAUGAACCUCCGGCCAAGAUCACAAAACUCGCGAUUGCCGCCGAAACGGAAGCCGACCGCUAUGAUACCCAUACCGCCGCCAGAUGUCUCGAGUGCGACGUCGAUAUCGACCUUUUCAACCCCAAGAUUGCUCCAGUUGUCAAUGGAAUCCUUAAGGCAAACACAUUUUCCAGACAGGAGGAGGUCAAGGCCUGGGAACAGGAGCUUACAUCCUGCGAACACAUCUUGCUCCUCCAGCAGCAAGAGAGUCGCCAGCUCCAAAGUGAUCUGGGACACUGCUCCAAGUGCGACCUCAAGGAAAAUCUCUGGUUGUGUCUGGAAUGUGGCAAUCUGGGUUGUGGUCGAGCUCAGUUUGGCGGCGUCGGAGGCAAUUCUCAUGGCUUGGCUCACGCGACGGAGAGCAGCCAUGCUGUAGCAGUCAAGCUUGGGUCCAUCACACCCGAAGGCACCGCCGAUGUUUAUUGCUAUCAGUGUGAUGAGGAGAGAGUCGAUGGCGAGCUCUCUUCCCAUCUUGCCCACUGGGGCAUUAUUCUGUCCGACCAAAUCAAGACGGAAAAGAGCUUGACGGAAAUGCAAAUCGAGCAAAAUCUGAGAUGGGAGUUUUCCAUGACCACAGAGGACGGCAAAGAACUCCAGCCCUUGUUUGGCCCUGCUCUGACUGGCCUCAAGAAUCUUGGAAACAGCUGCUAUCUAGCCAGUAUCCUCCAAUGCCUGUUCGACCUUCCAGCUUUCCAAGAUCGAUACUACAGGCCUGGCUCAGACUUGCCUAUCGUAGCCGAUCCUGCCCAGGAUCUGGAAACUCAGCUUUGCAAGAUGGCUGACGGUCUCCUGUCUGGGCGAUACUCCAAACCUGACUCGGAUGUUGUUGCAUCUGAGCAUUCUCCCGAGGUGCCUCACCAGAAGGGCCUCGCACCUAGCAUGUUGAAGCACUUGAUCGGCCGUGGUCAUCCCGAGUUUUCAACAAUGCGCCAACAAGACUCUUUUGAGCUUCUUCAACAUUUGGUCAAGCUCAUCAGUCGCUCCCAGCAUCCCUCCCCUCUGCGCGAUCCCACGCAAAAGUUCCGUUUCCUCAUGGAACAGCGCCUUGAAUGCCUCAGCUGCAAGAAGGUGCGUUAUCAGACCAAUGAACAGGACAGCAUUUUCAUAGAUGUACCUUUGGAAAAGCUGCCGGCAGUCGAGGGCCAAGGCGAGCAGUACAAGCCAGUCACUCUCAAGCAGUGCUUGGACAACGUAACAGCACCCGAAGCCGUGGAGCUCACCUGCGCAUCAUGUGGUAGCAAGGAUGGCUUUACCAAACGAUCACUCUUCAAGACUUUCCCAGACACGCUCAUCGUCAAUGCACGCAAGAUGGCCAUUGAAAACUGGGUCCCACGAAAGGUGGAUGUUCCUGUACUCGUUGGUGAUGAGCCUUUCGACCUUGAUGAGUAUCUUUCGUCUGGCCAACAGGCUAAUGAGGAGCUGCUCCCCGAGGACUCAACCAGCGCAGCACCGGCAUUUGUGGCCAACGAACAGGCUGUCGAACAACUAAUGUCCAUGGGCUUCCCAAAGAACAGAUGCGAUCGAGCAUUAUAUGCUACGGGUAACUCUGACGCUAAUAUAGCUAUGGAAUGGCUGUUUGGUCACAUGGAAGAUCCGGAUAUUGACGAUCCCCUGGUCAUCGCCGCCCCUGCUGCAGGUGGCGGCGCACUUGCGGAUGAUCCCGAAAAGAUUGAAAUGCUCACCGGCAUGGGCUUCAGCGUGCCCCAAGCCCGCAAGGGUCUGCGUGAGACGGGUGGUGACAUUGAACGUGCCGUGGAAUGGGUCUUUAGUCACCCCGACGAUAUGGGCGACUUUGGAGAGGAUGCACCACCUCCGGAAGCAGCCGAGAGAACGGAGGCAGGGACAUCAACACUGCCGGCCAAGUUUCAGCUCCACAGCAUAGUCUGUCACAAGGGAACAAGUAUACAUGCAGGCCAUUAUGUGGCAUUCGUUCGAAAGGUCCUGGACACCCAGGUGCCAAAGUGGGUUCUCUUCAACGACGAAAAGGUGGUUGAAGCUGGUGACAUUGAGGAAAUGAAGAAGACGGCAUAUGUCUACUUCUUCAACAGAGUUGUGCUUGUCUAA